UGCAACGGUUGGACUGUAUUAAGGCGAACUACGCUACUGCUGAUUAAAUCAUGGAUUAUUUCUACUUCUGGAUCUACAACAAAUAAGGGACAGUGAUGACAGAAAGGGUGCCAGCAAGUGUGUUCUCGUGCAAAGCUUAACCUGAUUGUGAUUCCUGUGUGCGGUGCGCAUUGAACAAACUUGACACAGUUGUUCUCGUGGUGAAAUAAAGUGGAAUCGAACGAACUGGGAAGAUACAUCGUGGUUGAUCUUGGUGUUUAUUGGCAAGAAGAGUGCAAUAGCAGGGAGCAGAAGUGAGCGCUGUGAUAGGUGUGCAAUCGAUCGAUGGCAAGGUGUGUGGUAGCAGUGCAAUAAUUGGUGCCCUUCAAAAUUAGGGAAGAAACAAACCCCUCAUCGUCUGAUCCCUAGGCCCCGACGAGUGUCUAGUGAGUGCUAGUGAGCGAUACCAGAAACCCUCCCUUCGCGUUGUGAGUUCGCGUCCGUUCGCGUGUGUGUCCUAUAUGUGUGUCCCGUCUGGCAACCAAGCAGGUGAAUUUGUCGCAAAAUAUGGAAUCGCCUCAAAUGUACGAUACGAAUCAAAUCCAAGUGCGCAGUGAUAUCAAGAAGCUAACGAUGGCCGCGAACAAUGGCGUGAACGGUACGAACGGUACGGCCAACGGGGCCUCGCCGACCAACAACAACUCCCCGACGGCAAUUAAUCAGAACACGCUGGCACUGAAGCAGCAGCAGCAACAGCAGCAGCAACAGCAGCAACACCAGCAGACACAGCAGCAGGUCCAGCAGCAGGUCCAGCAGCAGGUCCAGCAGCAGGUCCAGCAGCAGACCCAGCAACAGGUACAGCUUGGUCAGCAUCCGAGCAAUGGUGCGUCCGGGCUGUUGUCCAACGGGAACCUGCUGUCCAAGCAGAUGCUGCAACAGAUCCAGUACUCGCAGUCCGAGCUGGACGAGCUCACGUCACAGGAGAUCUCGCUCGAUCUGCAGCACCUGAUCGACGACCAGUUCCGCGAUCCGGAAACGUUAGGCAUCUUCACCGAGAUGGUCACCGUCGGCAGCACGAACGGUACGAUGGCCAACCCGCUGGUGCAGUCGGCCGCUGCCAAGGCCCUCCAGCUGCAGCAGGCCCGUCUCUCGCAGCACACGAACGGUGGCAACAGUUACCAGCGAUCGCUCGCCUAUAUGCCACAGCCGGUGCACACGGGGGCGGCCUACGGCAGUACCUCCAGCGAUGAGAAUAGCUCCGUCGGUUCGUCCGCCGACUCGGCCAACAUCAAGGAGGAACCGGUCGAUCCGAACGAGUACCGCCGGCAGCUGCUCGCGAACGGAGCAUCCGGCGGUGCUCAGUUCAUGGGCACUAUCAACGGCUACCAGGGAUUGCCCGGGUCGGGUGGUGGAGCGGGUGGUGGCGGUGGCGCGACACCAAACGGAGUGGCCGGUGCACUAGGGGCAGCCGGCGGUACGACACCGAGCUACGUCACCAACGGUAACGGCAACAGCUUCUCCAGCCUAACGCCCGCCACCGUGCUGCACCAUCAGGCACUGCCCCACCUGUCCGGGGCCGCGCACCUGGCGAACCUUACCAAACACAGCAAAAUGUUACCGCACGUCGGUCGCAAAGCGCAGCAAAAAACCGUCGACAAGGGCACGGACGAGUACCGGAGGCGGCGGGAGCGGAACAACAUCGCGGUCCGGAAGUCGCGGGAGAAGGCGAAGGUGCGGUCGCGCGAGGUCGAGGAAAAGGUGAAGACGCUGCUGAAGGAGAAGGACGUGCUGAUACGCAAGAUCGAGGAGAAGAACAACGAGAUCGCACUGUACAAGCAGCUGUACAUGCACCUGAUGAACCACAGCAAUCCGGAGAUCAACCAGAUCUGUCGCAGUGCGCUUAAUCUGUCCAACAUGGGCGACCACAUGUGAUCGGUAGUCCCCGGUGGCGGGAUCAUCCACCAGCAAGUUGCCGCGAUGCCCACGCUGUGAAUGGGCUCCUCUGCCCGGGGACUUCUCGCCCAGGUCGUGCCCGCCAUCUGCCACUGCCUUGCAGGGUUUCAUCUCACUUUUCCCACAGCCCAUGCGGGCAUGUCAGAUGAACUGCGGGUCGUCGAUCGAGAACUCCAUCGUUUUUUCCCCCGCUCUUGUGGAGUUCCGUUCAGAAGUUCUUGAAAGGAAGUUGAGUUACGCUGACUGUACACCAGCCCAGAAUUUUCAGUCUCCAAGAACUCGGGUAUUCUUCUUGAUUCCGCGUCGCGUUUUGUACACGAACCAAAGACAACAGAGACUCCGCAUUCUCCGCAGCCCCAACAGUCUGAGCAGAAUCGAGUCAACUAGACACGCAGACAGCGCGACCGUGGAUGAGGGAAGCAUCAGCAAAUCGGUUACAGAGCAGGGGGCGAAACGGUUUUGGACGGGGCAGCUCUUUAUCGCCCGAUGCACAAUGCUGUGGCCAGGCGGAAGCGCGUGAAGCAAUCGAAGGAACUUAAAUACCUGUACAUAGUGUUUAAGGCAUUCGUGUUUAUUUUCUAUGUUAUUAAUAUUAUUAUUAUUAUUGCGUUUUGUAUAAAGGCGCCGGCGUGCCCCUCGGCGUCGAUCACGAUCCCAAGUG